CUGCAAGGAGCACAUCCCCAGGUUCAUCAGCAGUCUGCCGGCUGCAGAGAUGGUGCAAGCAACUCCCUUGCUCCUCGUGCUCUUCCUGGCCCUGGGGGCUCAUGGCCUCCAGGGUACACAGAAGUGUAAGCUGACUGGGCAAUGGAAGAACGACCUGGGCUCCAACAUGACCAUUUAAGAAGUAAAGGAAAAUGGGGACUUCUCUGGCAAGUACCUCACAGCUGUGUCAGCCUCUCCAUUAAAGAUUGAGGAAUCACCUCUGCUGGGGUUCCAGCACCUCCCAUAUCUGAGCCAGCCCACCUUUGGUUUCACCGUCAACUGGACCUUUUCAGACUCGAUCACUGUUUUCACGGGCCAGUGCUUUGUGGAUGAGUAUGGAAAGGAGGUUUUGAAGACCAUGUGGCUGCUGAGGUCACACGCAAAAAACCGCGGCGACGACUGGAAAGCCACCUUGGUUGGCUACAACACAUUCUGGCACAAGGAAGAGCUCAUGAAUUGAGGGAUGGUAGCAUUGGAGCUCCCAAAGAACAGGCAGUGCCAAGUUGUAGCCCAUCCUCCUGCUUCAGCACCUACGUUAGCACCUCCUUAAAUCUCCUUUAGCACCACCCAUAGAAGCUCUUUUAGUGCCUCCUCCAUUACCUCCUUCAGCAUCUUUAUUCUCCCAAUAAAUUUUUCCUG